UGGGACCGGUCUCGGGACAAGGAGACAGAACAGAGGCGCGUCCCCCAAUAAACAAGCGGCACGCCCGCCCCAUUCCCUCCUCACACACAACACGCGCCGCCGACUCCCAUCCCAAUCCCAUGGCCCUCAAGAAAGCAAGAAAAGCGGUAGCACCCAAGAACCCAACGUCCGCCGCCGACGCUGGAGGCAGCGGCUCCACGGGCGCGGCGGAGAUGCCCGGUCCGCUCGGGCGCGGCGGCGCGCACAGCCUCAGCCCGCCGCGGCUGCCCCCCGGCGUCUACUUCAGCCCGACGCGGGAGGAGAGCGUGGCGCUCCUCGACCGCUGGAUCGCCGGCGGCAAGGAGGUGCCCGCCGACGCGCGGGGGUUCGUCUGCCACGCCGACAUCUACGGCGAGAGCCCCGACGCGCUGCGGCGGCGGCACCCGCCGGCGAGCGCCCGCGCGGGCCAGCACACCUGGUGGUUCCUCUGCGAGACCAGGUUCCAGUGCCCCGGCUCGGCGGCCAAGCGCGCCGGCCGCAAAGUCGACACCGGCGGGCACUGGCGGGCGGAGCGGAGCGAGGCCGAGGGGGGCGGGGUCGAGAGCCACUUCGUCUUCUUCCUCGGCCCGUCCAGGAAGGAGAAGACGCCGUGGCUGGUGCAGGAAUUCACCAGCGCCAACGACGACGGCGCCGGCAAGAAGGGCGUGCCCGCGCUCUACAUGCUCUACGUCUCCCCGCGCGCCACCGACGACGAGCUGAGGGGGAUCUACGGGGAGGACGGCGUCACGGUGGGGCCCGACGGGAACAAGAAGCAUGUCCGGGCCGCCGUCCCAGCAGGCUGUUUCGACGCCGUCGUGGCGCUGCUGCCGCCGGGGAGCGUCCGUGGUCUCGGUCAAGAGCGCGUUGAGGUGUCGCAGGCGCCGCCUCCGCCGCAGCCGGCGUGUCUUCUUCAUCACGACGGCCAGCAGGGGCAGAACUCCACGGGGGCCGCAUCGCCGGCGGGCGUUCUUGGUCAGUACCAGCAGCGGCGGCGGCAUGGGCGCUGCUUCAUGGGGGCCGCAGUGCCGGCGGCCGUUCUUGGUUAGUGCCAGCAGCAGCCGGCGAAGACGGUCAUGGGGGAACCGGAGUGGGAAUCUUUGGAGGAUAUAGUUUGAUCAUGACGAUCGAGUUCGCCUACCUGAAACAAGGAAAGGAUAGUUGAUUACAGGACAGCGCCAGAGGGACCGAUUGAUUGAUCUGCUAGAAACAAACGAUUUUUUGGUUGAUUUUGGGGAUUAAUUUGUAUAUACUAGCAAAAAGACCCCUGCGUUGCAACGGAAGAAAAAAUACCAAACGCUCUUGAUUUACAAAAA